AUGAGCAACACAGAGAAAAGACCCAAUUUCUUGGUCAUUGUCGCCGAUGACCUUGGAUUUAGUGAUGUUGCCCCUUACGGCGGUGAAAUUGAGACACCAGCGCUUGCAAAGCUGGCCGAAGAGGGCAUUCGUAUGACCAACUUCCACACAGCAUCUGCAUGCUCUCCAACCCGGUCAAUGCUGUUUUCUGGAACCGAUAACCAUAUUGCUGGACUUGGACAAAUGGCAGAAUUCAUGCGAGGCUUUGGAGAUCACUUCAAGAACAAGCCUGGCUACGAGGGAUACUUGAACUGGCGAGUAGCAGCUCUAUCAGAGAUCUUGCAAGACUCAGGAUAUCACACACUCAUGUCUGGAAAAUGGCAUCUUGGAAUGACCAAAGAAAUCGCCCCAUGUUCCAGAGGCUUUGACAAGAACUUCUCUUUGCUUCCGGGUGCCAGUAAUCAUUACAACUAUGAGCCUCAGUUGGAAGACGGUGAAUUCCAGGCACCUUGUAUAAACACGACUGGCUUCUGGAUGGAAGGAGAGAAAGUCCUUGACCGAACAACAGAUAUUCCUAAGAAUUUCUAUUCGACUGAAACAUUCACCGAUAAGAUGAUAGGUUUCCUUGAAAAUCGGACAGAAGAGGAGUCGCAAAAGCCAUUCUUUGCUUAUUUGCCCUACACAGCGCCUCAUUGGCCUCUGCAGGCUCCCAAGGAAAUCAUUGAGAAAUAUGCGGGGAAAUAUGACGAUGGACCUGAUGCAUUGACACAGAAGCGUCUUCAACGUCUGAAAGAGUUAGGGCUUGUAGAUGAGGCUGUGGAACAUGCGUCCCCAGUGGGAAAACUUGGGAAAGAAUGGGAUUCUUUGUCGCCGGAAGAGAAGAAGCUGUCGGCCCGGAAAAUGGAGGUUUUCGCUGCAAUGGUUGACCAACUCGAUACUCAUGUUGGCCGCGUCAUCCAGCACCUUGAGUCUACGGGCGAGCUGGACAAUACGUUCGUUUUGUUCAUGUCAGACAACGGCGCAGAAGGCGCAGCUCUGGAAGCUUUACCACUCAUGGGCGGCAAAAAGAUGAUGGGAGAUAUUAUUUCCAAAUAUUAUAACAACACAUUGGAGAAUAUUGGUCAGCCUGACUCAUUUGUGUGGUAUGGUGCUCGCUGGGCCUGCGCCGCAACCGCCCCUUCGCGAGGCUUCAAAGGCUGGGUGACUGAAGGCGGAAUUCGCUGUCCCUGCAUCAUUCGUUAUCCCCCAUUCCAUGCCAAACCAGACGCCAUCACCAACGCAUUCACUACAGUAAUGGAUAUUCUUCCAACCAUCCUGAAUCUGGCCGGCGUAUCCCAUCCAGGCUCACAGUUCCGGGGACGAGAAGUCGUUCUUCCACGUGGGCAGUCAUGGGUUUCUCACCUCGCAUCUGGCGACUAUAAGGCCACCAGUGUCCAUGAGGAAGAUGUCCACAUUCAUGGCUGGGAGCUGUUUGGCAUGAGAGCCAUUCGCGAGGGCAAGUACAAGGCAGUCUGGAUUGCCGAGCCCCGUGGCAAAGAUGAGUGGGAGCUAUUCAAUGUUGAAACCGAUCCCGCUGAGAUCCAUGAUCUUGCAGUGAGUGAACCGGAUACUCUCGCUCGACUAGUCCAGCAUUGGGAGCAAUAUUACGCGGAGACGGGAAUGGUGCAGACACCUGUCAUUGAUCGGAAGAUGUGA